AUGCAUGACCGACCCUUGGCUUGCCUAUGGACGGCUUGUCUGAGGGCUCGCCGCUUCUAUUGGCCGUCCUCGUUGCAGACUUUGUUGAUCGACUCUCGAAGAGAUGGUGGGGUCUCGGAUAAUGCCAGUGGUAUUCUAUUUGCAAAUAUCCACGGCCCAUGGUCUUGGUUCACACACUUGUUCGGAUUGAGAGCCUUGUUCGAUGUUUGUCCUGCUGAUCACCUACAAUGCAAACAGUCGGACAAUGGCUUGCGCGGAAAAUUGGAGGCAUAUCUGGAGCCUGAGGGUAUUGAUGCCUCGCGAUAUCCGUAUGCUUAUCUUUUGACUGCGGCACAACUUUCAGGCUUUCACUUUAACCCGGUAAGCUGCUGGUUCCUUUACUCAUCAGAUAAGGUCCUUGAGGCAAUCAUUCUGGAGAUAAACAAUGUCUUCGGGGAGAGGCACCCCUAUCUUCUCGUGGGAGAAUUACAGAAACAAGAAGAAGAACAUAUUCAGGAUAUGACCCAUAACGACCAAGUUCUUCAGCGCGCUCAAAUAAAAACAUCAUGGCGAAAGAGAUUUCAUGUUUCGCCUUUCAACUCGCGAAAGGGGUCAUACUCUAUACUUGUGAAAGAUCCCCUCGAGCCUGGAAUGCAAGGAUUUCGAGGACUUGAUAUCUCUAUCACUCUCUCGUCGUCAAAGGACCAGCCGAAACUUGUUGCAAAAUUGCUAUCUGAAGGCGAAGCUAUUAAUCCCUACAGAAUGAGCAUAUUAGGAAGGGUCGGUUUCAUUUCCAGCUGGCUAUGUUCGGUUCUGACUAUCCUUCCUCGAUUCAUGAUGCAAUCAGCCAUCCUCUUCUUCAAGCAUAAUAUUCAUUUCUGGUAUCGACCUGAACCUCUCAAGGACAGCAUAGGACUAUUUCGUGAAUACUUGGAGUAUCUUGCCCAACAGUCAACCGCCCCGGUCAUUAUCCGAUACAUGCCCGGGGGAGUUGCUGAAGCUUCGGAAGAGACAUUCAUCUCACCCUCAACAUACGACCCCGGAGACUCUACUUGCGAGAUCAAGCUCAAAGUGUUGACGCCGCUUUUCUAUUCACGCUUCGUUUACUAUGCACAUGAUUCUGAGGCCAUCUUCUGCGAGAUGGCUGAAAGCUGUACCAUUUGGACUGACAAGCCGGAACAGCUGACAAAGGUCUUUUUGAAGAAGGGUUCCCCACCUAUUCAUGCUUACAAUCUGCUUGAUUACAUGCACUUUCAGCUCAUCAAAAACCUAAGACGCCGACCAGAUAAGGUCGAGAGACCAUUGACUUCUACCAAUGGACAUUCGUCCUCAGUGAAAGGCAUUGAUAUCCGGGAGUUUCGAAUGUCAUCAAUGGACGCCUUUGUUCUUGAACAAGUGGAUACCGAACUCAAAAACGCGUAUUUGAGGUCUGUUGUUCGCCUCUUUGUGGCUGAUCGCAUUGCUAUGAGAAGUGUCGGGCUACUUGGCAUGAUGGAGUUCAUAGGAAGAGUGGGCGCCUCAUGGGUGCUAGCGUUGCUCAUCACGCAGGCCAUUUUGGGCUUCUCAUGA